GAGGAAGACUGCACGCCGUGUGCUCACACCGAGCAGACGCCAGAAUGGACAUGCUGGUACUGCAGAUGGAGCUCAGAAAGAAAUAGAAACCUCACAGGAUGUGUGGCAACAAGUGGACUUCACCGAGACCCGUCUGUACUUCAGAUUAGCUUCUCACCUGUUGGUUGUCGCGGUAACAGGACCGUCAACUGAGGCCCUUGAGGCCCCUCAACAUGAGCGCCCCGACAUCCGCCGUACGGGUCAACAGGGGGCAUUUCUGAGUGUCGAGGAGCCAUCGAAUCAUCAAAAUGCUACACCUGGAGAAGCUUUGGAGGACUCCAGCCUCUGCUCCACCGCGGCUCCCCCCCCAGCACCAUGGACUGCUGCACCCCCCCGCCACCGCGCCGGCACAACCCCGUGGACAGCAUCUGCCGAAAACUGCAGACCAUCCAGUGGCGCGGUGACAGAGAGCCCAACUCGCCCUUCCAGAUUCCCAAGCUGUCGUCCAGCAGCUACGACAGCCCGCAGUGCAGCCUGAGGAGCAACCUGGAGGCCAUCCUGAAGAAAGGGGCCUUCCACAGAGACCAGCGCGGGACCGGGGCGAGGAUGGGGAUGCCCAGCUCCGUGGCUUCCCAGAGGAGCGCCGCUGGUCACUACACCCCCACCCGCCAUUCGUCCACUCCCGCUAAUGUCACCUACUCCAUCACCAGCACGCUGGGGGAGAGACAUCGGGGGGAAGGGAGGGAUUUAGGGCAAACGUGGCAGAAGUACCACUCCACGCCCUCCACCCAGCCUAAAGAUUCGCCUUACUUCACCUUCACUAGAGGACCCCAGUCAGGACAGUCUGACAGCGACGGACCAUCGUCAAGCCCUCAUUUGUCUCGCACUUUCACACCAAGUCGCAGCACUUUCUCCUACAACCUGAACUUCUGCUCUGCAGAUGGAGCAGAUGCAGCUGAGAGCGAGCUGCCCUACCCUGCUCUGGUGGUGAAGAGGCUUUCCAUGGGAGAAGGAGGAACUUCCGUCGCCUCUGAAAAUGGAACCGCCAUGGCAGAAAUCAGUCUCAUCUGCGAGGAGAAUCUGCUCGACACCAUUUUUCACGCUUGUGACACCCAACGCAGAGGUAAAGUGUUCGUGUCUCACAUCGUGGAUUAUUUACGGCACACGACCAGCCGCAGCUCAGAGGACAGCGGUCUGGAGGAACUCUGUAACAUGCUGGACCCAGAACGCAAAGAUGUCUCCAUCGAUCUGGACACGUACCACGCUGUCAUGAGGGAAUGGAUCGACGACUGCCGCAAUAACGGUCAGGAGGAAUCGGAGGAUAUGACCCAGGAAGACUCUGUGAAAGUCAGAGACGGUGUGCCCGACAGGAAGUCCAUGCUGCUGAACAUGACCUCAGGAAGCUUGGAGGCGUUUGGAGGGGAGGCGUCUAGAGCAGAAUUUGAAACAUCAGAGCUGGUGUACUGUGUUGCUGAUCUCCAAAUGGGCAAUCAGAAGCUCCAGGAGGAGGUCCGGAAGCUGAAGCAGGUGGUGGAGGGGAUGGAGGAGAGCAACCAGAAGCUCGCCGAGGAAAAUGAGGAGCUGCGCACUCAGGCCAGGAUAAACCAGCAGAUGGCUCAGAAAGAAAAGCUGCUGAAGGAGGAGGUGGAGGAGAUGAAGGCCACUCUGAGCUGCACAGAAGAAGGCAGAGCUCGGGCCUCCGCGCACAGCAAACAUGUGGAACGAGAAAACCAGAGUCUGAUGGCAAAGAUUUCAUCUCUUGAGGAUGAGAACUUCAAGAUUACCAUGGAGACAGACGAGCUUCAGAAGAGGAUAAAGGAGCUGUGUGAUCUCAAUGCUGACCUGCAGGUACAGAUUCAUGCCAUUGAUGCCAUUCUUAAUGAAAAGGAAUCUGUCAUUGUAGAGAGGGACAGACAGGUGGAGGAGCUGAAGGCGGCAGUAGAGGAAUACUCAGCCAUCACAGAGCUGCUGAGGAUGGAGAAGAGCAAACUGGAGAACCAGAUGCAGAUGAUCCUUCCAGACCUGGCAGGCUCCAGCCUAUCUCUGUGUGGAGCUUACAGGCUGAACCAGAGCAGCUCAGGAUCCCUGCAGACGGAGCUGGCGCUGGCACAAUCACCACUGGAGGCUCCUCAUGGAGUUGAUCAUCUGUCGGCGGUAAUGAGUCAGGCCUCUCCGCUGGACGAGACGCUGGACAGGGAGGUGCUGCUGCUGCUGCAGGGACCCGACCCCGAGCACAUGGCUCUAGAGUUCAGGAACCUCCUCAACAAACUGAAAAAGGAUUUGGAAGAAGAAAGCUGCUCUGUUGUUUCCACUGUUCGGGGCUUUCUGGGCAGCGACGUGGAGCCUCGUCUUCAGACGGUUCGGGCCGAGCUGGACGCCCGCAGAGCGGACUGGGCUGACCGCCUGGACCAGCUGGCCCAGUACACAGACUCACUAGAGAAGGAGCUGAUCAAAAUGGCCAGCAACAUGAGGAGGUCCCGCACAGAGAUCCUCCACCUGUCAGUCAGGGUGCAGGAGCAGGAGAACCAGAAGCGGCAGCUGAGAGAGGAUCUGGAGCUGCUGAAGGCCCCUCAGGAUGCCAGAGAGGUUUCCUGCCAGACUCCAGAACCAGAAGAAGAGCCUGGGGAAGACUUGGAUUGGGAGGAGGAGUUUGCUCUUCAAGACUUCCUAAAGAACGAGCUGGCAGAGAGGAACUGUGGAGCUCCGGAACGCAGGGAAGCUGCAGCAAGUUUACCUGACAGGUGUGACGAGGAGGAGACCUGGACGGUGGAGAGUGAAGCGAAGGAGGACGGAGGAGGGCGGGACAUCUCAACUCCUCUAUCUGCAGUCUUCCUGGCAACUCCCACUGCUCACCCCAGUGUGGCAGACGGUCGAGACGCACAGCCAGAGGAGAACCAUCAACCUUUACAGAAAGCGGCAGCAGCACCUCUCGACGCCCACUCACAAGCUGUGAGCGCUAAGCACCCCGAGGCGGACGCGCUCCCUGAUCUGUCCCACUCCGAGAAGAGCGCAGAUGAGGUCUGUGGGGGUGCAGAGUCUCCCUCAUGUGGUCCAGAACCAGCUGUGAGCUCGUCAUCAGAGCAGGAGCAGACCAUCACUCCUGCAGACAUGCUUCUACCCAACACUACAGCGACCGACCCCGAGGACACGCUCAGCCUCACAGAAAGCUCCCUGCUGACCUGUGAGGAACUCGGAGGAGAAGAGGAGAAGAGCGAGGCGGGUUCUAGUGCAGCAGAUAUGCGUCGUCACAAGAGUUUGAUCCGUGACGGUUCAGCCGAGCGACCAGCAGCCGAGGACGGCUCCUGUCUGUUACCUGUGCUGGUGGAGGAAGAAGAGAGCGCACAGGACACGGCAGCGCAGGCUGAAGACGUGACUCGCCUCCCUAGGAGUGAGAACCUCGUCUCUAACAGCAGCUCUCCAACAGCAACAUCCAUCACGGCUGACAGUCCAACAGGGAGGAGAGGGAGCCGCGCGACCUCUGACCCCAGACAACCAGAGACUGACCAGGAGUUUGUGCGAAACAUGUCUGCAGCCGAGGAGCAGAAAGGGCAGGAUGAGCGAAGUGAGAGCAGCAGAGCUUCUGAGAGGGACUCUGAGACAUCGGUGCUCUCUGACACCAGCGAGGCCUUUAGAGAAGAAAGAAACAGUUUGUCGCCCAAUGACAAGGAGAUUGAGGCUGAGUUUCAGCGCCUGUCCCUGGGCUUCAAGUGUGACAUGUUCACUCUGGAGAAGAGGCUGAAGCUGGAGCAGAGAUCCCGUGACCUCGCUGAGGAGAACAUCCGCAAGGAAGUGUCCAGCUGCCAGGGAUUGCUGCAGGCUCUGACUCCUUUGUGUGAGGAUGACACCCAGUCCAUGGAGAUCAUCCAGAGGCUCCAGAAAAACCUAGAUAUUCUCAUCCAGUCCACAAACCGGGUGUCCAGCCGCUCCGAAAUGUUAGGAGCCAUUCACCAGGAGAACCGCAUUGGGAAAGCUGUGGAGGUGAUGAUCCAGCACGUGGAGAACCUGAAGAGAACCUACACUAAGGAGCACGCCGAGCUGCUGGAGCUCAGAGAGGCGCUGAUGCAGAACGAGAGGUCCUUUGGGUCUCAGACAGAAAGAGAUGAUUUCCGUGGCAGAAAGCAAACAUCGAACAACAAGACCAGACGCUUCAGCACCACAGCCAUUCCCUAUUCAGGGUACAGGCAGUUGGACAUGGUCAAAACCCAGGAAACUUCAGAGGGGGACAUGGAGAAGCUGAACAGGCGCUCCCCGUGGAACAUGGCGGCGAAGGGCGCGGCCCGCUACCCUCUAAAACGCUUUGGUAGCUCCGCAGCCCGGUUCGACUCCGAGGACCCCCCUGACCCAGCCAAGGGGACGGCGUGCAGCAACGGCGAGCGCCAGCCAGCGGACCACCAGCAGCCGCAGGAGGAGGAGACGGAGCGUAGGCCCAGCCUCAGUGAGCUGGGCAGCAAACUCACCGCCUUCAUUCUGCCUGUUAAGACAGGUCAGGAUGAGCUGUUUGUGAUGCUUCCCAGUCCUCCCUCCAGCCCCACAGCCUCCGAUCAGACUAUGGUGCAGCCUCUGUCCCAUGACCCGCUCGACUCCAGACGAGUGUCUGCUGCCGCCGUCGCCGCCAGAGCCAGCAGGGGGCUGUGGCUGUGGUUGGCCAUCGUGGUGGUGCUCGCAGGUCUCCUGGCUCUGCUGGCCUGCCUGGUGAUGCAGCCAGCAGCAGACGCCGCCCCUGUAGGGACGGGAGACUCGUGGAUGACCAUCCAGCAGCUGCUGUGGCCCUACACUGGACUGCGGCACAACGCCCAGCCCCCUGUCUAGCCCAGAGUCCCAGGACCCGGACUCCUCUGGUGCCUGAAGAUUUCUCCACAAAGGCUGGAAAAACCCCGGACAGAGGAUUUUACCCUCCACUCACAGGAUGAGGACAAACACGUCCUAAUGAUGGCGCUCAAACACAUUUCACAGACUUUAUUUAACCGUUUCCUCCUUGAACACUGAGGACAUUUUUACAUGUUUGGUAGAAACACUGAGGACAAAUCUCUGAAAGUGUCUGAAUAUUUAAGAGUUUGUUUUGAAAGAAGACUAUUUUAAACUUUGCAGCUUAAGGGAUUCAAACCUUCAGCUGCUUCUGCAAAUUCUACUCGAUAGAAUGUCAGCAGCAACAAUUUUGUUUUUAUUCUUUUAUGUAACUUCAUACACUUUUGUAUGGUCCAAAGAUGGCGUGGUUCUUUGCACAAAUAAAGUAGCCUAUUCAUCA